AUGCCUCCUCCAUUUGAUAUGAUUUCUAAGAUGCAUCCUCUUAGAGAGGCUUGGAGGCUGAAAGUUAGGGUUCUAAGGUUUUGGGUUAUACCCUCUUUUGGUAACCAUGAGGUUCCUAACUCAAUGGAGAUGAUUCUCCUUGAUGAGCAUUGUGAAAAAAUACAAGCUACAGUCAAGAAACCACUGCUUAAUAGGUUUAGGGAUCAUAUAGUUGAAGGACAAGUUUAUAGAAUGGCAUAUUUUACUGUUGUGUCAAAUCAUGGUAGUUAUAGAGCAACUUCUCAUGAAUUCAAAUUGGUUUUUCUUCACCGAACCACUGUUGUAGCUAUUGAUGAAGAUGUUAUCCCUAAGACUUGUUUCAACAUGUUUCCUUUUUCUGAGCUGCUGAACAUGACCCAAGAUUAUGAUUUCUUAGUUGAUUAUGUUAAUCAAGUGAAUCAUUUUCUUGCCUCUGGCCAUGUGGAGCAGCCUAUUGUAUUGAUUCAACUUGCAAAAGUCAAGUUCUUUAGGGGUCAAGUAAGUCUUCAAAAUGUGAUGUAUGCCACUCAAAUGUUAUUUAAUCCUGAUAUUCCUGAAGUUGUUGAAUUCAGGCAAAGUAUAAUUGAGCAAGGUGUCAAUGGUACCCAGCUACUGUUUAUUGCAAAUGAGGGUAAAGUUCUCUCCUUGGAAGAUGAUUUCAUGCGUUUAACUAGAAAAUGCACUAUUGAAGAGCUUCAAGAUAACAAUCAGGAGGGUUUUUUUUUUAUCAUUUUUGGUGCAAUUCAAGGUAUUGUUGAGGAUGGAGGUUGGUGGUAUUCUGCUUGUGUGUGUGGAAAGGGUAUCUAUCCUCAAAAUGGUGCAUAUUACUGUGAUUUUUGUUUGAAGCACAUAACUAAUAUCACUCCAAGAUUUAAAAUUAAAAUAACAGUUGAAGAUCAUACUGGGGAGGGUAUUUUCCUUCUCUUUGAUCGUGAGGCAUCUUAUUUGCUUAAGAAAUCAUGUGCUGACUUGUUUAUUGAGGUUCAAAGAAAUGCAACUUAUAUGUGGGGAUACUUAUCCUCCAUAUUCCAAGGGCUCAUUGGAAAGAAGUUGCUACUCAAGGUUGAUACCAAAGGUGUGCCACAUGAUACAUUUUAUGGGACUUUCCGAGUUAGGAGAAUUUGUGAUGAUUCUACUACUAUUGCGAUGUUUGAACUUCCCGAUUAUGAUGCUGAUGACGAGUCUACUCCAAAAAAGGAGCAUGAUUUACACAAAUUUGUUCCUUGUGGAAAAGGGGAUGUUGGUAUUAAGAAGGAGUCUUCAGAUAGUUUUAUCAAAAGUGAGAAAGAUGCUGAGAAAACACCCAGCAAUGAUACUGUUUGUGAUGAUCUUUCUGCUGAACUGGAUAUAUUGCUUAGCUCAGCAGAAAAAGAAACUCAGGAGGUGUUGUCCCAUGUUCUUGAAGCACCUUCGCAAUAUGAAGAGAAGCUUAUUCAUGAGAAUCAUGUUGUCACUUCCAAGGGUAAGAGAAAUUUGAAUCCUCAAUUUGGAGAGGCUGCUGUUGAUGUAGAUGGGUGUGGGUUCAAGGUUGUCAAGGUUAAUGGAGUUUGA